AUGCCCAAACCCGAAGAAACAUUCAAAUAUAUAAUUGAGGCUGAGAGGCAAAUUAUUCGAGGGGAACAAAAAUUCGAUUACAUGUUUCCUGAUUUGAUGGAUGAGGAUUCGGAUGAUAAUGAUGACUCGGAUGACGAUGAUGAUGAUUUUGAUUUGCAUGAUGCUUCCAACGUUGGUUGGGAUGAUGAUGAUUCCGAUGCGGAAAAUAAAUAUCAUUCGGAUGAUGCUGACCCGGAUCAUGAUUUGGAUGACGACCAUAAUUCGGAUGAUGAUGACGAUGAUGAUAAUAAUGAUGAUGCGGAUGAUGAUUAUUUCGUUGAUGAUGAGGGUGAGGAAAAUGACGACUGGAUGAGACUGAUGAUGAUGUGGAUGAAGCUGAUGAUCACAAUUCGGAUGACCAUAAUGCUGAUGAGUUCGACGGAAGACACGAUCGCUUGA